AAUCAGUAUAGCUUGAGCGCAUAGGCGGCACAGUGCAUAUCAGAACGCUGCCCAAGUUGGACUUUAAUCGCGCUUUAAAUUUAUUUUGUAUUUGAAAAAUGAGUGUAUUUCCUGGAAUACAGUUGUUUUUAUUUUGCGUGCUGGUUUUAACCACAAGCACUAAAGGAGAUCUGUGUACAACACCAUACGGUGAGGACGGCGAAUGUGUAAAUAUUAAGACUUGCAAAUCUUUAAUGGCCAUCGUUAAAAAGCAACCUAUGACAGACAUUGACCAUUUUAUAUUAAAAUCUCAUGCUGAGGUCUGCACUUACAAAAACCAACCUUAUAGCGCGUGCUGUCCUAUAUCUGAAAGGCCAGUGCCUCAGACUACAACCACGACGACACUCGUUCCGCCAAUCGAGAAAAGUUGUAUUGUCGGUCACUGUGUUAAGAUACAAAAUUGUAGUGUCUUAUAUAACAUCGCUAUAAACACCGAUAUAACACAAGAAGAUACAAUAUAUUUAAAAGAUAAGCAAUGUAAAAGUAACGACAAUUCCUUUAGUGUGUGUUGCCCGGAUGAUGAUGAUAAGGUGCCUAUAAUUUCUGAUGCAGCCGGUCAGGUGUGCAAAACACCAAGGGGUGUGCCUGGUACCUGUUUGGAUGCAGCUGAUUGCUUGGCCAUAGCAAUACUUCUUAGAAAAGAUCCAUCAACACAAGAAGAAAUGGAAUUUUUGGAUAAGAGCAGAUGUGAUAAUUCAGAUAGAUAUUGUUGUCCAACGGUGGUUUCUCCCGUACCAGAAGCGGAAACUCCCACAACAACAGAUCUGUGUACAACACCAUACGGUGAGGACGGCGAAUGUGUAAAUAUUAAGACUUGCAAAUCUUUAAUGGCCAUCGUUAAAAAGCAACCUAUGACAGACAUUGACCAUUUUAUAUUAAAAUCUCAUGCUGAGGUCUGCACUUACAAAAACCAACCUUAUAGCGCGUGCUGUCCUAUAUCUGAAAGGCCAGUGCCUCAGACUACAACCACGACGACACUCGUUCCGCCAAUCGAGAAAAGUUGUAUUGUCGGUCACUGUGUUAAGAUACAAAAUUGUAGUGUCUUAUAUAACAUCGCUAUAAACACCGAUAUAACACAAGAAGAUACAAUAUAUUUAAAAGAUAAGCAAUGUAAAAGUAACGACAAUUCCUUUAGUGUGUGUUGCCCGGAUGAUGAUGAUAAGGUGCCUAUAAUUUCUGAUGCAGCCGGUCAGGUGUGCAAAACACCAAGGGGUGUGCCUGGUACCUGUUUGGAUGCAGCUGAUUGCUUGGCCAUAGCAAUACUUCUUAGAAAAGAUCCAUCAACACAAGAAGAAAUGGAAUUUUUGGAUAAGAGCAGAUGUGAUAAUUCAGAUAGAUAUUGUUGUCCAACGGUGGUUUCUCCCGUACCAGAAGCGGAAACUCCCACAACAACAGCUGCUCCUAUAGUAGAAAAAUGUGAAACACCUAAUGGUGCUAAUGGCACUUGUAUUUCCGUUAUACAUUGCGAAUCGCUGCUGCGGGUUCUACAGAAACCUGACUUUUUUGAAAAUGAUGCUAAAUAUUUGAAUGCUAGCUUCUGCGGUGAUGGCGCUAAGUUUCCAAAAGUUUGCUGCCCAGAGGCGCUGGUGGCGGAAGAAUUGAGUUUACCGCUGCCGCCAUAUUGCGGCGUAGUGUUCCCAGCUGAAAACUAUUUCGACGCCGGUUCAAUUACCAGCAGCGAGGAAUAUCCCUGGACAGCGUUGCUCCUAUAUACAAAAAUGGGAAAAACUCGUCCCUACUGCGGCGGCACGCUUAUACACAAGCGCUUUGUGCUCACCGCGGCGCAUUGUCUGUAUGAGAAUGAGCCAGAGUGGACCUUAACCGGCGUACGUUUGGGUGUGUGGGCUACAAUGGUGAUGCAGGAUUGUAAAAAUCAGGCGUUGCCCGAUCAAAUAGAUUGUGAGUCAAUCUCAAUCGAUUUGGCUGUGAGCAAAGUAAUCAAACAUCCCGAAUACGAGUCGCUGUAUAACGAUCUCGCGUUGCUGCAAUUGGUCGAGUCGGUACAUACCACACGUUACGUAGCACCGAUUUGUUUACCCUUCGAAACUGAACACUUAUCGGCUAGUUUUAACGACGACAAGAUACUGCAAAUAUCCGGAUGGGGCGCGCACUUGUUCGAGGAAGUAGCAGAAUUCAAAAUGAAAUCCAUUGUUCAUAUAUCCAGCUUGGAGCAAUUUAAGGAUCGUUUUUUGACUGAAGCCGGCAUUAAUUUGACAGCAAAACACGUUUGUGCGAAAGAUAAAGCUGUUCAUGACAACAAAAUUUUAGAUUCUGGCGGUGCGCUGAUGUCGCUAGCGAACGUUGGAAAAAUGCAGUCGUAUUUCUUGCUGGGUGUCGAAGCUAUAAGCUAUGAAAUUCCGCCAGAACAGGGAUUUCCAUUUAUUUUUACGCGCAUUAGUCCGUAUUUGGAUUGGAUAAAAAGGGAAAUUCGCGAAAAUUAAUUAAUAGGGGAAGUAGGUUAACAUAAAAAAAAUUAUAAUAAUUUCCGCCGAUUAUUAUGACUUAAAAAAUAAAACUAAAUAAAUGACAUAAUAAAUUAAAAUUAAUGUAUGUAUGUCUAUGUCACUACUUAUAACUAGUCAGACUUAAAUUAAAAAAUAAAUAAAGAGGUUUGAAACAAGUUAU